GAGCUGUUUUUUGAUUGGCUACAGCUGUGAAUAUCGACCAAUCAAAACAUCUAGCGUACAGAGGAUCCUUGAGGACGACGCCAUUGAAGCAAAUUAAAACAGAAAAUAUCCCAAGUAAAGUAACAAAAAUGGCAGACAACGAGAAUGAAGCUGAACUUUUGGACUAUGAAGAAGAAGAGAAUGAAGCUACCGCUGAUGGAGCCGGAGAUGUCCAGCAACAAAUAAAGAAAGAUGUGAAAGGAACAUACGUGUCCAUCCACAGCUCUGGGUUCAGAGACUUUCUUCUGAAACCCGAGUUGCUCCGAGCCAUUGUUGAUUGCGGUUUUGAACAUCCUUCAGAAGUUCAGCACGAAUGCAUCCCACAAGCAAUUUUGUCUAUGGAUGUGCUGUGUCAAGCAAAAUCUGGUAUGGGAAAGACAGCUGUGUUUGUAUUGGCAACUCUUCAACAACUGGAACCUGUUGAUGGCCAGGUGUCGGUGCUUGUUUUGGCACAUACCAGGGAACUAGCUUUCCAGAUAAGCAAGGAAUAUGAACGGUUCAGCAAAUACAUGAACAGCACAAAGAUAGCAGUCUUCUUUGGCGGAAUGUCCAUCAAGAAGGAUGAAGAGGUCCUCAAAAAGAACUGCCCACAUAUUGUGGUGGGAACCCCAGGAAGGAUCCUGGCCCUUGUAAGAUCAAAACAACUUGUCCUGAAGCAUGCCAAGCAUUUCAUAUUGGAUGAAUGUGACAAAAUGUUAGAAGAACUUGACAUGAGAAGAGAUGUUCAGGAGAUAUUCAGGGCGACUCCCCAUGAGAAGCAGGUCAUGAUGUUUAGUGCCACCCUCAGCAAAGAUGUCCGACUAAUCUGCAAGAAGUUUAUGCAAGAUCCUAUGGAAGUGUAUGUGGAUGAUGACUCCAAGCUCACCCUUCAUGGUCUACAGCAGCACUAUGUUAAACUGAAGGACAAUGAGAAGAACAGAAAGCUUUUUGAGCUUCUUGAUGUUCUCGAAUUCAACCAGGUGAUAAUCUUUGUCAAGUCUGUCCAGAGAUGUAUGGCCCUAGCACAGUUGUUGGUGGAACAGAACUUCCCAGCUAUUGCUAUCCAUAGAGCUAUGACACAGGAGGAAAGAUUAUCUCGUUAUCAACAGUUUAAGGAUUUCCAGAAAAGAAUUCUGGUAGCCACAAAUUUGUUUGGACGUGGAAUGGAUAUUGAGAGAGUAAACAUUGUGUUUAACUAUGACAUGCCUGAGAACUCUGACACAUAUUUACACAGGGUGGCUCGAGCUGGAAGAUUUGGUACCAAAGGUCUCGCCAUCACAUUUGUCUCUGAUGAGAAUGAUGCCAAGGUGUUGAAUGAUGUUCAGGAACGAUUUGAGGUCAACAUCACAGAACUACCAGAUGAGAUUGACAUCUCCUCGUAUAUUGAGGGUCGAUGAAAGCCUAGUGACAAAGAUAAAGAGUGACUUAGCAGGAUUCUCCAUGUACAGUGUAAAUAAACAUUGUGAUCACUUCUCAUCAUAUCAUAGUGACUCGUCUUCAUCUGCCUCGUUCAUGUCUGUGAUUUCAAAACUGGAAAACGUGAUACAUGAGGAAAUCAUGAUGACCAAUUCCAGGUUUUCUACAACAAGAAGGGAAAACCAGGAAGACAAAAAAUAUGUACUUUUUGAACAAAUUCUUUUUGCGUUUGUUGGGGGGGGUUGUGAUAGCACAAAGAAGUUAUGUGGAAAAAAAUUGAAUAAAACUACUUGGGAUCAAAAUA